UGGCAGCCAUGAAUUUAAUGCGUUUAUCUCGCCUGGAUGCGUCACUUCAGAAUUUGAUUCCGUAAUCACACAACUACGCCGGCCCAAGCGACUGCUUACUAAUCACGAUGGAUCGAUAUGGAAAUCAUCUCGGCGGCCAACACAACCAGCACGGCCAUCACGGCGGCAACCCGCCGCUCGGACACCACGCGAUGGGCGCCAGCAACGGCUUGAACAUGAGCGGCCUACCGCAGCUUAACAUGGGUGGAAUGCCGUCGAUUGGCAACGGCUACGACAUGGGAGGUUAUGACCACGGCAACAGCUACAUGAACCCAACGAGUUACAUGAACGUUCCGCCCCCUGUCAUGCACUCUCAAAGCGGAGGCAGUGGCAUGCAGUCGCUCUCGUCGUCUGCCACGCACUCGCCGAUGCCAACCACGUCGAGCAACGCCCCAAAGGCGUCCAAGGCGAAGCCCGCCGCCGCGGCGUCGCGAAAGCGCAAGACUCCAAGCGAGACACAAUCGAACCCUGACGCACCUGACAGUCCGACAUCCUCCAAGGGUGGUGAUGAAAACUCAGAAGACCCCAAGGCCCGUCGUCGCGCGCAAAUCGCCAAGGCCGCUCGCAAGCAUCGUCAGCGCCAAAAGGACGAAUUGGUUGCCCUCCGCGACAAGGUCAAGGACCUGAAGGAGCAGAUCGAAGUGUUGCAGAGCUCGGAGCCCUCCGAGCACGAUACCGAGAUUGGGUGGAAACAAGAAGCUGAACAGCACGCCGAGAUUCGUGCGCGUGUCGACCAAGAAAACGAGUUCUUGCGCAAGACUCUCAUGGAGCAAAUGAAAUUCAUUCAACGUCUGCAAGACUACUUCACCAAGCAACCACUGUUGAACGCGCCGUCCCUGAACAAGAUGCUGACGUCGUCGCCGUCGAUGGGGAUGUCUGCGCCGCCCGCGCCAGCCCUCAUGCCUCCACCCACAAUGCCGUCGUCAUUUUUCCAACUCCCCACCGUGUCGUUCCGUGAUACUCUCCAAAAGGUGGCGGACGAAGGCAUGCAAAUGUGCACGGAAAGCAUUCAGUAUUGCCAAAUGUUCCGCGCGCCUCAAGUCCCCAACAUCAACUACCUUGGCAUGACUGUCCAGUACGAAGUGACAAACGACGCGAUCAAUGUGUUUUCCCGCCUCACGAUCCCGCACAUCAACUUUGUCGGCGCCGCUGACAAGAUCUGGGACUUGUACACGUCGCGUCAGUUCCAUUUGGACUUUCCCCUGACCGAAUCGUACGAAGUGCUCGACACGAUCGACAACGACACCAAGUACACCCGCACCAUCCUUAACCUGACGCUGCCAAACCCUGACAAGAACGGGAACUCCAAGUUCAAGUCGGAACGCCUCCACAUCGUGAAGCGCCGCAACGUCGGCAAUGCAGUGUACAUUGCGUCCCGAAGCGUGAACGACGAUCCAUCGUGGCCGUCGACGCCGUCGUACGUGCGGCGCAACAUGAACAUCGGGAUGAUGCUUCGAGAUACUAUGGACGAAGGCCGUCCUGCGACUGAGUGCAUGUGGUGUAUCAAGGUCAUCAUGGACCAAUUCACCGACACGUCCGUGGUCGCGAACCGACAAGACACGAUCUUGCCCAACUUGUUUGAAGUUACCCCGGCGUUUUUCAAGGCCAUGGUGGAACGAGUGCAGCAGCAGCAGUAGAGUAGAUAUGUCGUUGAUGGAGGUUUUC